GACAGGUGGAAAGGGUCAAAACAACCGAGGAGUGUGCCCGCCACUGCGCCGCAACGCCGCUCAGACACGCACCCUGAGAGCCACUCCGGCGUUACCAUGAAACGGCCCUUAACGGAAACGUGUCGUUGUCUUCCGGGAGUGUGCUGAGACUCCGCUCCCUGCCGGCGAGUCGCUGCUUUCGGUUUCUCUCUCCAUGGAGGUACCGCUGCAGGACCCUGGGAAGAGGAGGGAUAAUCCCUCAGCCUCAGCUAAUCUCUUCUCCAAGAUCUUCUUCUGCUGGCUUGGUCCUCUGUUCAGAGCGGGCUAUGGGAGGAGACUGGAGGAGGAUGAUAUGUACCAUGUGCUGCCAGAGGACGGCUCGGAGAGACUGGGCGAUGAGCUGCAGCGGUAUUGGGAUGAGGAGGUUCUGCGUGCCAAGGAAGACCUACGGCCUCCAAAACUCACCAAAGCUCUCAUCCAGUGCUACUGGAAGUCCUACAUCUUCAUCGGGGUGUAUAUCUUCUUGGAGGAGACCAUUAAGGUGGUGCAGCCCGUCCUGCUGGGGCAGCUCAUCGUGUACUUUGAGAGCUACCACCACGACGCCUCGGCCUCACUGCCUGAGGCCUACGGCUACGCCGGCGCUGUGUGCGUCUCCACCGUCUUCCUGGCGCUGCUCCACCACCUCUACUUCUACCACGUCCAGAUGGCCGGCAUGAAGAUCCGCAUCGCUAUGUGUCACAUGAUCUACCGGAAGGCUCUGCGUCUCAACAGCAAAGCCUUGGCUAAAACGACUACGGGACAAAUUGUGAACCUUUUAUCCAAUGACGUCAACAAAUUUGAUGAGGUCACCCUGUACCUCCACUUCCUGUGGCUGGGCCCGCUGCAGGCCCUGGCCGUGAUGCUGCUGCUGCUGUUCCUGAUCGGGCCGUCCUGCCUGGCGGGCAUGACCGUCCUGGUGGUGCUGAUCCCAGUGCAGACGGUGUUCGGACGCCUCUUCUCCACCCUCAGGGCCCAAACAGCCGCCCUCGCAGACGACCGCAUCCGCAUGAUGAGCGAGGUGGUCUCGGGGAUCCGCAUCAUCAAGAUGUACGGCUGGGAGAAGCUGUUCACUGAGCUGGUGAACGAGGUUCGGAGGAAGGAGUGUUCCCGUAUCAUGAAGAGUUCCUACCUGCGCGCCCUCAACAUGGCGUCCUUCUUCGUGGCCAACAAGGUCAUCGUCUUCAUCGCGCUCAGUGCCUACGUCCUGGCGGGAAACAAGAUGGCCGCCAGCACGGUGUUCGUGGCGCUCUCGCUCUACGGGGCCGUCCGGCUGACCAUCACCCUCUUCUUCCCCUCGGCCAUCGAGAAGGUGUCGGAGACGCUGAUCAGCGUCCGGAGGAUCAGGAGCUUCCUGCUGCUGGAGGAGGUGGUUCCUCAACCCACUGGUCUUCCGGAGACCGAGUCAAAGGACUGCAUGGUUCAGGUCCAGGACCUGAAGUGCUACUGGGACAAGACGCUGGACUCCCCGACGCUGCAGAAGCUGUCCUUCACGCUGCGGUCAGGGGAGCUGCUGGCUGUGGUCGGACCGGUCGGCGCUGGGAAGUCCUCCCUCCUCGGGGCUAUCCUGGGAGAGCUGAACCAGGAGAGCGGGGUCCUUAAGGUCAAAGGUCGGCUGACCUACGCCUCCCAGCAGCCCUGGAUCUUCCCCGGGACGAUCCGAAGCAACAUCCUGUUCGGGAAGGCCCUGAUCCCCCAGAAGUACGAGAGGGUGCUGCAGGCCUGCGCCCUGAAGAAGGACAUGGCUCUCCUGCCUGACGGGGACCUGUCUCUGAUCGGGGACCGGGGAGCCAACCUCAGCGGGGGCCAGAAGGCGCGCAUCAACCUGGCCAGAGCGGUUUACCAGGACGCGGACAUCUACCUGCUGGACGACCCCUUGAGCGCGGUGGACUCCGAGGUGGGCAGACACCUCUUUGAGGAGUGUAUCUGCGGCGUGUUGAAGAAGAAGCAUCUCUCUCUUUUCCUC